UAUAUCUAUCUAUCUAACUCUUCAAACUAGGUUUAAUCAUGUCGGCUGAAACAUUUGCUCCCAUUAUCUAUGAAGAUUUUCUUGAGAACUUUUACUCAAGAAGGCUACUACUUCACACAGCUUAUCAACCACCUACCAUGGCAUCUCCUCCAUUUGGAGACGCUCAUGAAGCAUCACACUCUCAUGCACACCAAAUGAGCUUUGAUGCAAAUGUUGUUAUGGUCUUAUCAGUCCUCUUGUGUGCACUAGUUUGCUCACUUGGACUGCAUUCUAUCAUUAGAUGUCUGUUGAGAUACUCAUCCGAAGCUAGUGAGGAGCUUACAGUUCGCAUGGCCAACACAGGGGUCAAACGAAAAGCCUUGAAGAGUUUCCAGACGGUAAGUUACUCUAAAGAGAUGAAUCUGCCUUGUCUUGAUACAGAGUGUGUCAUAUGUCUCUCGGAGUUUGUGGCCGGAGAGCGAGUCAGGCUUCUGCCAAAUUGUCACCACGGGUUCCAUGUCCGGUGUAUAGACAAAUGGCUGAGUUCACACUCAUCUUGUCCCACUUGCAGGGACUGUCUCAUUCAGACUUGCCAAAAGAUAGCUGGCUGCAGUGAGACGACCUCAUCAUCUAAUCAACCACCACAGGGAAGCUUUAGCGUGCAUAUAGCACCACUAGGACCUGAAAGAUUUAUACAUGGUUUCUGAACACAAGUCAACUAGGCUUAGGUGAAGUUAUGUUGUAAAGCUUGAUAUGUAUGUACUGCCAAUGGCAGCUUACCUGUAGUUCAAUAUUGAGAACAGAGUUAUCAUUUCAA